AAUUUAUCCACCAUCUUUGGUAGGGAGAGACCAAUGAAAAUGGCGGCGACAGAGUCUGUCAGAUCCACCAGUAGAUUGGGGCACAAAUGCAAAGCCAGGCCCGCCGAUAUGCUGAAAACUCGGACACAUUCACAGCUGCUAACCUUGGAGGAGGCAAUGUGUCCGGUUUGUUCGGAAAUUUUAUUAGAGCCCGUAACUAUGCCAUGUAGCCACUCGGUGUGUCUGCACUGUUUCAAGCGGACAGUUGAAUUCACCAGUUUGUGCUGUCCCCUCUGCCGGCUGCGAGUAUCCAGCUGGGCCCGUAAACAGUCCCGGGAGAAAAGCCUAGUUAACAUCGAACUCUGGGAAAUGGUUCGACAGAGUUACCCACAACGAUGCAAGAUGAGAAUGGAGCAGAGAGACUGUGAGACGGGUGGAGAAGACAUUUUCCGCUCGCCUGCUCAGGUAUCCAAAUCUGGAGAGAUCCGACUGGAGUAUGGAAAGCAAAAAGUCCCAAUCAAUGAAGAGAAAGAAGAGGGGAGGAGGAAAGUCCACCACAGAGAGGGAUGUGGAACUCUCAAGCACUUUCAAGAUCCUUUCUAUGGGUUGCUGUCAGACUCGGAGAAUGAAGAACCCAUUGGGAAGAGAACCAGAAAUGUGUCUGCAUUUGUUAGAAGAACAAAGAUCUCAGCUGGUCUACAUACCAAUGUGGUGCAGAGAAGCCAGAGCUGUACUGAUCCAGAAGAGGGAAGGCGAAAAAUGAGGGUAUCUACUCAUCUUCCUGGACUGGACAAGGCAAGUAUUGCUCACAGCUACAAUGCAGGAAUCCUUCUGUCCUCUGAGAACAGCCGAUCUCUUUCGGCACCCAUCAUUGUCCAAGACAAGAGGCAUAGCUGGCGAGGCGUCAUCAUGGCAUCAUCAACACCUUUUAUGGUCCCCCAGUCGAAACAAGAGAGGUCCAUUAGCCCUGAGAGCAAUGACAGUAUUUCUGAGGAGCUGAAUCACUUCAAGCCAAUAGUGUGUUCGCCGUGCACCCCACCAAAGCGACUACCUGACGGGCGAGUGAUGGAACCCACAAUUGUGAAGUCCACCCCCCGGAACUUAUUCCGCAGCCUGGAAAGGCCCACCAGCUAUGAAGCGAGCCCUACUAUCCUCCAGAAAUGGAAGCAGAUAGAGGUGGACCGUCAGUCUGUCAAAGUGACCUCGAAGGGUACCUUGACCAACCCCAUGAACGAGGACCUUGUCUUCAAACCAAGCCCCAUAGAGGAGAAGGACGGCAAGCCCUGUAGCUGCGCUCCAGCAGCAAAUAAGGGAAAAGAACACUUGGUUAUGUGUGCCAAGACUGAUUUCUCUGGGCAAGAGAAUGAAAGAACUUGUAUACAUAAUAAACGAAGACUGAUAUUUGAUCAGGCCAUUGGAGAGACAGGCUUCCAUCAAAAACAAUUCACAACGUUUCAAACUCCAUUUGUAGCCUUAACCAGUGAGGAGACUGUAAAAGAAUGUGGGGUUUCUUUUAAGUCUGUGGUGGUACCUGAAUUACAUUGUGGACCAACUUCAAUUCAUCAAAAUCCAACCGUAGUACCACAUGAUAUAAAUGCCAGUGUUAGGAGUUGCAAACUUAAAUCAAAAGACUCACAGGAUCAGAGAAAAGAGUUUGACAAUAGAAACUGUGCCCAGAACCAACCUACCUCAAGGAGGGGCAAGAAGAGGAGCCAGAAGACCAAACACCUGGAAGAGACAGAGUCUGGACUCAAGAGGCCAAGAUCCCAGAGCCAAGAUGGUUGCAAUAUAGAGUGUGCGCAGGCUGAACUGUACAUUCAACAGGUUCAGCAAGAGAGAGAGGACAGAGAGCUAGCGUUUAAUCUUCAAAGACAGUUUGACAGGGAACAGCAACAAGAAGACAAGCAAAAGACCAGUCCUGACAAGUACUUUCUCCGGUCCUGCAUGUCCAGUGAAAACAGAAUCAAAUGCAAUCCACGCAGAUCAGGAAGAAUUUCCAAAAAGAAUGAGCACUUUAAUUGCUAUUAUUAAAUGGUUAUUCUUGUUUUUUAAAUUUAUAUUUCAAUCAGACAACUUCUUGCAUACAAGAACUAUACUGCUUUUGUUGCCCAGGUUCCAAAUCCAUUGCUUUUAAACAGAAACUAAACCCAAGCUAGCCUAUGUCAUAAAUUGUUCAUCUUCAUUUUGCUGAAACGUUAGGUACUAUCGUUAUUUAUUUUCUUCUCGUUUGUAGUUACUCAUAGAAUUGUAAAAUAGACACUAAAUCAUCGUGCAGUUAAUGCACUGUGAGAAAAAGCAAAAAUGAUUCACAGUAUGAGGUGUUGAGAUUCUGUGCAGACACUUCAAAAUCCGUGUUCAGGCUCCUGUAUGAUUCUGAUUCUAGCUCAGCCAAGGAUCUGGACACAAGAUAUAGCACUAUUACUUUGUCAGACCCUCUAUUCAGAUUCCCAUUAACCCGGUGGAGUAACACCUGGGUCGUAUUCUGUUUCCCAUGGGGCAAAUCACCAUUAAUUCCUAUCAUCAAAUUGAACUCAGACCUCAGAAGCUGAUCCAGUGUUAGUGUUGUGAACAUUUGAAUAGUUAAAGGUGAUCCCAGAGCUGCACUGCCAUCCUAUUGAUUAUUUCAUGAUCCACAAGUCAUAUUGAUUGGGUUCUGUCAAUGUUAGACAGGUUUUGCCAGAGUAAAUGGUUAUAAUUAAACCCCAUCAAUAAGAUUUAACGAUCUGAAAAUCUGCACAGAACACCUACAAUGCAGGCAGCCUGAAACGUGUGGGUGUUGAGGUCUUUAGCCACUCACACUAAAAUCUUCAGUUACAACGCAGCUUCUGGUCACGUCAUAUUGUUGAGUUAAAGGAUCAGUGUUGCCAGGUUAAAUAUAUGCAAUAUGUGUAAACUCUUUGCUGUAAACUAUUACAGUAAUAUUGGAAAGGGGCACAAUAUUACCAUGCUUUUUGGAUGGUGAUUUUCUGAUCAAAUUCAAUUCCAGUAUGUAUUUUCUGUCAAUCUUAUGCCCACACUUCUACCUCUACACUCACUGUUGCAUUGUUGCUUUUUUCAAUGAUUUAUGCCCUCUUUUUCACAACCACAAACCAAAAUGCCUCUAUGCAUGUGUAUGGCACUGCUUUAUAAAGUUUUAGCACUGCCUAAGCGUUAUAGUUUUGAUGUAUAUUAAUCAUGGGUUGACUGCUAUAGUAUGGUAUUAAUUAGAAUAAUUGUUUAAUGCAAUAUGUCUAUUGGAGAUUCCACAUUAAUAUAUUUAAUCAGCAUUGUUAUUUUUCUCAUCUUUGAGUUGUAGUUACUAUAUUGUUUGAGACGCUUAUUCAAAGGGCUAUUAUAUUUUAUUUGAUAAAUGUCUUUCAUAUUCUAUUUGAUUUCUUGUUUUCCUAAAAAUGUAUAUUUUUCCAAUGGCAUAUGCCAGAAAUAUGAGCUUUAAUGUCCAUUACUACUUAACAUUUUUAAAGAAUAAGAUAUUUCAAUUUUAUUUUGCACAUAAUUAUGUACACAAAUACUUGUAUACUUACCUUUGUACAUACAGUAUAAAUACUCAGAUGCAUAUUUUAGUAUUGGAGGGGAGAAAUGGGUUAGUGCCAAAUGGCAGAUUUCUGUCGACUGUUCAUACAUCUGAAGUUUUUUGUUUACUUUCCUGAUUUUAAAGAUUAGGUUAUUGAUUCUUUAUAGUAAUCAGAAUGUACCACUUGUAUAGCCUACAUGAUUCAUUGACAGAACUGUACUUUGAAGGAAACAACUUGUUCUGAUCAUAUACAUCCAAAUUCUGAAGGAACUGUGAAACACAAUAACACAUUCAAAUGCAAAUUAGAGGUGAAUUACUUUUUAUUUUUCAUUCAAGUGCUUGUCUUGUUUUAUCUUUCACUUUAAGUAUGUAAAGAAGUUGGCAUUUAUGUUAUUCUGUAUCUGUUUUUUUCCGGUAUCUGGUAUUGAAACGUUUGAAUGCUGAAUGGCUUUCCAAGACAUUGAUUUGACCACUCAACACAAUGACAGCAAAGACUUGUAAUCUCCCUCACAUAAUAUUAAAAUCAUUGGUUUGCAGUUAUAUUUCAACUCAUUGGAGGUCAUACAUGAAACAAAACAAAUGCUUUAAAUAAACAUCAGUUACUAUCGCUUCAAAUAA